UUUUCUUUUGUUAAAGACAGGUCUUAUGUAGCUGCUGCACAUGAUGAGGAAGCAACUGCCAGGACAGCUGCCGUAAAUGCUGAUACUGGAGCUCCAACCAUAUUUGAUAAAAUCAUCGCAAAGGAGAUACCUGCCUCUGUAGUAUAUGAGGAUGAAAAAGUUCUUGCUUUUCGCGACAUCAAUCCUCAAGCUCCCGUUCAUGUUCUAGUUAUCCCGAAGUCGAGGGAUGGAUUAACAGAGCUUGGAAAGGCUGAACAAAGACAUGAAGAUAUAUUGGGUCACCUCCUUUAUGCUGCCAAGAUAGUAGCGGAGAAAGAAGGCAUUGUCGAUGGCUUUCGUGUUGUCAUUAAUAGUGGUGCCUCUGCAUGUCAAUCCGUGUACCAUCUUCACUUGCACGUACUUGGUGGGAGACAGCUGAAAUGGCCCCCCGGUUAGAAUCAAGCUUGGCUGCCUGCAAGUUUUUCAUUUCUCCGCAUUGAUGUAAACAUCGCAUGUAAACUGAUGUUCAACUUCUGUGGCCUGCCAUUAUUUAAAGUACUAUUGUUAAAAAUGAUUCAAGUAUGUAUAUUUGGUGAAUGACACAGACAUUUUUCUUCAUUGCAUGGAUUUUGUGAA